UUCUCAACCAACCUAGCAUCAUCCACCAUAUCUACUCCUUUCACCUCCAAAAAACAAGUAAUUGCAACACCAAGACACAGAGAAACAGAGAAGAGGGGCGCUUUUCCUGUUUAAUUUUUGGAGGGAGAGGUACAUUUGCAUGGAGGUUGCUUCUAUUUUAAUAUGCCUCUUUCUUUCUAGCCUUCUCUCUUAUCCCCUCUUAAAGAAGAUGCGGGGGCCCUGGAGGAUACCUAAACAAAGAGCGAAGCUUCCUCCGGGUUCAAUGGGCUGGCCUUUUGUAGGUGAAACUCUCCAACUUUAUACUCAAGACCCAAAUGUCUUCUUUGUUACGAGGCAAAAAAGAUAUGGAGAAGUAUUCAAAAGCCACAUACUUGGCUGCCCUUGUGUUAUGCUAGCUAACCCUGAGGGUGCAAGGUUUGUGCUGGUGACUCAUGCUCAACUGUUCAAGCCUACAUACCCCAAAAGCAAAGAGAAGAUGAUUGGCCCUUCAGCUCUCUUUUUUCACCAGGGAAAUUACCACAAUCUUAUCAGGAAGUUGGUUCAAAGUUCUUUAUCCCCAGACACAAUCCGGAAACUAAUUCCCAGCAUCGAAUCCGUAGCCAUCUCUGCCUUAGAAUCAUGGUCCAGUGGGCAUAUCAUCAACACCUUUCAUGAAACGAAGAAGUUUUCUUUUGACGUCGGCAUUCUUUCUAUCUUUGGUCACUUGAACAGCAACUUUAGACAGAUGCUGAAUGACAACUACCACAUAGUAGAUAAGGGUUACAAUUCAUUUCCAACAAAUAUUCCAGGAACUGCUUACCACAAAGCUCUUUCGGCAAGGAAAAGGCUUAAUCAAAUACUGAGUGAGAUAAUUUGUGAGAGGAAAGAGAAAGGACUACUAGAGAAGGAUCUCUUGGGUAAUCUUCUGAACUUCAAAAAUGAGAAGGGAGAAAUCCUAAGUGAAGAUCAAAUUGCUGACAACAUUAUAGGAGUACUUUUUGCUGCUCAGGACACGACAGCUAGUGUUCUGACAUGGAUUCUAAAAUAUCUCCAUGAUGACCAAAAACUCCUAGAAGAUAUUAAGGCAGAGCAAAUGGCGAUAUACGAAGCGAAUGGAAGAGGAGAGAAGCCCCUGACAUGGGCACAGACGAGAAAUAUGCCACUUACAUACAGGGUUAUACUAGAGAGCUUGAGGAUGGCAAGCAUAAUAUCUUUCACAUUCAGGGAAGCAAUAGUUGAUGUUGAGUACCAUGGAUACCUAAUACCAAAGGGAUGGAAGGUGUUGCCGUUGUUCAGGAACAUUCAUCACAACCCAGAAUUCUUUCCUGAUCCUCGCAUUUUCGACCCAUCAAGGUUUGAGAUUGCCCCCAAACCCAACACUUUCAUGCCAUUUGGAAAUGGAGUGCAUGCCUGCGCUGGCAAUGAGAUUGCCAAGCUGGAGAUGUUUGUCUUGAUCCAUCAUCUAGUGACCAAAUUCAGGUGGGAAGUGGUGGGAUCACAAAACGGGAUUCAAUACGGCCCAUUUCCUGUACCCCAUCAAGGACUCCCAGCCAGAUUUUGGAAAGAACCUGUCAAUCUCGAAUAAGAUGCGUGUGCCCUUGAGUUCAAGACGCCUGCUCUCGUUCACGAUUCUUUCUACCCUCCUAACCCAACCCCUGUAGUUUUUUCAAGGGGUUCCUAUCUCUUGAUUACUAAAUGCUUUGCCUAAAGUUACUCUUACUGCUUGUAAUGAGGAGGUGAUCGGUCCCAAUUAUCCCAGUGUAAGUCCGUGGACUGUGCUUUAUGCAAAUUAAUAUGCGUAGCUCUUGCAUUUUGUAAGCUUUAUUUUUGUCAAUAUACUGAUAAUAAUAACUAUAAAUUAUAUAAGAGUUACAAGAUCUCCAUGGCCCAUCCAUCAUCAGCUGAAUGAAUACCAUUUGUUCAUGUCAACUUAACCUCGCGCGAGGGGUUUGGCUGCAGUGGUGUCAGAAAGAACCACGUGUUCGUGCUCUGGCUGGCCGAGUGAACCCUAACAGGAGUGGUGCUGCCCUCUUGAGCUGGCUUGUGUGGUGUGGUUUGGUUCGGGUGUGGUUUUUAAGCUGCUAGUGUUUUUUGUUUUUUGUUUUUUCCCUUCGUGUUUUACCGUUCAAUGGGUAGCUAUCAAAAAGUAAAUAAAUAAGUGAUGGGUCGACAAUGUGUAAAUGUUAAUAUCCAAAUUUUUGUGCUAUUCGAUCCCAAGUUCCCAACCA